GUGCUGAAAAAAUGAUAUUAUAAAUUUUAUUAUAAGAAUGAAUUAGUUCUAGUGAUGUGUUUUAGUAUGUGAAUAUGUUUAGAUUUAGGUGGUAUUGUGCUCGAUUGAUUAUCAAAUACUCAUAUAUAUUAAAUAUCUAACUAUUGUGUUUGUACAUGCGCCUGCGCUCAUGUCAAAACAGACAAAGGUUUUGUGUAUAUGUCAGCUGUAAUUUAUAAAAUGGCUAUUUAUUAUUUAUCUUAUAAAUAAUAGUGUAUAUUUGUGAUAUGCAGUGAUAAUUUUAGUGUCAAAACAAUGUUCCCCGAUUCUGGAUACGUUACAUUGCUGCUGUUACUCAUUCCUUGCAUUGAUAGUGCGCGCCGCCUUAGCGAGUACGUGUCGCAUUACGAGCCGCUGCACUACGACUCGGCGCCAGUGCACAGCGAUCACCAACGUGUCCGGCGGUCGGCGGACUUCGAGUCGGAAUCGAGUCGUCUCCGGCUGAGGUUUAAGGCGCACGGGCACGACUUCAGGCUACGGCUGAGGAGGGACCUGAGCGCCUUCAGCGAUCGGCUAGAGGUCCAUGGGCCGGAAGGACUCAUCCAUGGGGUCGACACGUCGCAUGUGUACGAGGGAGAUCUGCAAGGUGACCCCGGCAGCGCCGUGUUCGGGUCGGUGAUCGACGGCGUCUUCGAGGGCAAGAUCAUCUCCAAGUCAAAAGGAACGUUUUACGUUGAAAAGUCGCGACACUACUUCCCAGGGGAAAACAAUGCCAGUUUUCAUUCCGUUAUCUACAACGAGAAAGACGUAGCCGACCCUUAUGAGUCCCUUCGAGAAGGUCAUGUGCCUGGUUGCGGAAUCAACGACGACGUUCUUCAAUGGAUGGAGCAGGUCCAAGCUUCGGGCGUGGACGAUCCGCCUCCAAUUCCAGUGAUACAUCCUAGUAACAAGUAUAAAUUUUUAAAUAAUAAUACGCAAAGUAACGAGAUUCUCAAAAAAGUUCUUAGUCAACGAGACGUGAACACGGAAACGCACAAUAAAUAUUCUAGAGAAGCAAAUGAGGGCCAUUCGAGACACAAAAGGGCCAGUAGGCAUAAGGAGGAUAACAAAAAUACCUGUUCAUUAUUUAUACAAACUGAUCCAUUGAUAUGGAGGCAUAUUCGAGAAGGUUUCGCAGAGCACAAGGAUUACAGCAAAAAGGCAGAAGUUGAUGAAAAGACUCGGGAGGAAAUUUUGUCAUUAAUCGCUCACCAUGUAACGGCUGUGAAUUAUAUAUAUCGUGAUACAAAAUUCGACGGGCGAAUAGAACAUAGAAAUAUCAAAUUUGAAGUCCAACGGAUAAAGAUCGAUGAUGAUUCUGCAUGUGGCUACCCUUUCGCAGGAGAACCUAAUCAAUUCUGCAUGGAGAACAUCGACGUGUCCAAUUUUCUAAAUCUUCAUUCUUUAGGAAAUCACGAAGACUUUUGCCUAGCCUACGUGUUCACCUACCGCGACUUCACUGGUGGCACCCUAGGCCUAGCUUGGGUAGCCUCGGCCAGUGGAGCCUCGGGGGGCAUCUGUGAGAAAUACAAGACAUACACUGAAACAGUCGGAGGAAUGUAUCAAUCGACAAAGAGGUCUUUGAACACGGGGAUUAUCACUUUUGUCAAUUAUAAUAGUCGAGUGCCUCCGAAAGUGUCUCAACUUACACUAGCUCAUGAGAUCGGACAUAAUUUUGGAUCACCGCAUGAUUACCCCCCGGAAUGUCGUCCUGGUGGUGCCAAUGGAAAUUAUAUAAUGUUUGCUAGUGCCACAAGUGGUGACCGACCAAACAAUAGUAAGUUUUCAACGUGUUCCGUGGGCAACAUCUCAAACGUUUUGGACGCCAUCGAGGAUAAUAAGAAGAGAAAUUGUUUCAAAGCAUCUGCUGGUGCCUUCUGCGGAAAUAAGAUUGUGGAAGCUGGGGAAGAAUGCGACUGCGGAUAUGAUGAUGAGGAGUGCACUGAUAAAUGUUGUUAUCCUCGAGUUGUCAGCGAUAUUGAUAGAUUAAAAAAUAGUACCGCCAGUGGAUGUAACAGGAGAGCAAAUACACAAUGCAGUCCAAGCCAAGGACCAUGCUGCCUUAGUGAUACAUGCAGGUUUGUGCCGGCGUCUUUCCGAACAAAAUGCAAAUCAGAAUCUGAUUGUUCUUGGAGCUCAACUUGUAAUGGUUUGUCACCAGAAUGUCCAGCACCCAAACCGAUGGCAAACAAGACACGUUGCAACAAUGGUACCCAGUUGUGUAUAAAUGGAGAGUGUAGUGGUUCUAUAUGUCUUGAAUGGAAUUUAACAGAAUGCUUUUUGACAUCAAGUAUCAUUCCAAAUAUUGAUAAGCGUAAACUAUGUGAAUUGGCAUGUCAAAAUGGAACAGAUCCUGCAACAUGCCGAAGUACAAGUGAAUUUGCUCACCAAGUGGGCUUACCACCCGGUGGCAUCAGUUUGCGUCCAGGUUCCCCUUGUGAUAAUUUUCAGGGUUACUGUGAUGUUUUCUUAAAAUGUCGUGCAGUGGAUGCCGAAGGUCCAUUAGUCAGAUUGAAAAAUAUGCUUUUCAAUAAACAAGUUUUACUCACAUUAGCCCAGUGGGUAACUGAAUAUUGGUACUUUGUAGUCCUAAUGGGGUUAGCAUUUAUUAUAGUAAUGGGUGUGUUCAUCAAAUGUUGCGCUGUCCACACUCCUAGUUCAAAUCCUAAAAAGCCUCCUGCAAGACGAAUUAGUGAAACACUGAGGAGGCCAAUGAAUACAUUAAGAAGGAUGCGGCAUCAACAAGGAGGCGGAGGUCCUCGAAGUGUGCCUGUGAGUGGGCAGAGUGGUGACCGCAGCAGACCAGGAGGAAGGGGGAGAAGUAGGAGUAGGGGCGAAAGUAGCGGCGGUUCCAGGUCGCAUCAACAUAGUAGAGGUGCUCCUACGAGGGGCUACUCAGAAGGGCGGCCCCAGUAUCAUCCAAAAGCAUCGUCGAGCCAUCAUGGCCACGGCCGUUCUAGUCAUUCAGAACCUUAUGCCGGUGCUUAUGGCGACCAACGCAACGCAUAUAAAAUGAGGCAGCAUAAAGUCUGA